GAAAGAAGCGGCUACUCAUCCUACGAGCAGAGACACGAAGUGGCAAACGAUGGCUGACGAACACCGCUUUGUCUUCAGCGUCCGCAUCAUUGGAGGUGUUCACAGGGACGCACCGAAACUCAAGAUGUUCAUGCUGUCUGUGCUCUGGUCGGACCAGAAUGAAAUUAUUAUCUACAGAUCAUUCCAGGAUUUCAAGGAAUUUCAUAAACAACUAAAAAAGAGAUUCCCUCAUCUGAACCCUUUCCGGAAAGACGACAGAAUGAUCCCAAAGUUCACAGGGAAGGCCAGGAGGAGCAGCGUGCAAAAGAAAGGGUCCAAGAAGUCAGUGCGACGGAUGAAGUUCUUGGAGAGCUACCUCGAAAAACUGCUGAAGUGCGACCAAAGCGUGACCCGGAGCAUCGAGGUCACCCGCUUCUUCACCCCCAAAGACCACGACCUGCAGCCAGACUACACCAAAAACAGUGUCAUGAUGCUGCUUUCUGAUGAUCAGAAUGAUGAGUCAGGUGGAGGAGGAGGCGGCUCUGCCCGCCACUUUCACCAUGGAGGCAGCAUCACUCACCCUUUUGUGACCCAGACAUACCACUGCGUGGCUGCCUACGAGACAAAGGACACCAAGAACCGCCCGUUCAAGGUGGCCAAGGACGAGAAGCUGGACGUCCUGAUCAAAGACCCUGCAGGCUGGUGGCUUGUGGAGAAUGAAGAUAAGCGCCUGGCUUGGUUUCCCGCUCCGUACCUGGAGCUGUCGGAAGGAGACGAUGACGAUGAUGAAGAUGAGCUUCAGCUGAGAGGUGCUCUGUACUGUGCCGUGAGAAGUUACACGUCUAAGAAGGUUGAUGAGAUCUCUGUGCCCAUUGGCUCUGUGGUUGAGGUGCUGAGGAAGUCUGACAACGGCUGGUGGCUCAUUAGAUUCAAUGGCAGAGUAGGCUACAUCCCAACCAUGUACCUGCAGCCAUACAACAACCCUAGGGCAGGCCUUCAUGGUCUGCACAACAGGCUGCAUAGCUCCUCUCUGAAUCUGGCAACAGCCAGCAGGGAUCGCCAGGCUCCCUACCCUCCCAGUAUCCACGAAGAAGAUGACCGACACCAGAAUUAUCCUGGCCCCUCCAGACAAUUGUCUGAGCCUGCGCGUCUCCACAAGGCUCGAUCUCUUGAUGUCCUCUCCGAUCCCUGGCCUCAGGGGGAGGAGGAGAGGGAAGCCCCAGCCUCAAACACCCGGCCCAGCAUCAGGAGCCAAAUCAGCUCUGAUUCCAUCUUCUCUGAGUUCUCCUCAAGCAGCGACUCGUCCUCCAGUCUGAGGGAGGAGGCGCAGAACCACGCAGACCACCCUGCAGCCUCGCAACAGCCCAACAGCUCGCACAGCAGCCCCGAUCCCAGCCUUUCAGACGGCGUCAGCUUCAACAACGGCCCAGAGAGAGGCAACGCCUCAGUCGUCCCCAGGGUACCACCCCGACCCAAAACAGAGGAGAUCCUGACCCGCUGCACCACCAUGACGCGCAAGGCAGCCCUGGCCACCAAGGCUCGGCUCCAGAUUCAACCAGAGUCCAUUCACAGCCGUUAAGGAAACCACGGCACCAGUGCUAUACAUUACAAAUCCCACACUAAGUUGUAUUCUUGGUGAUACUCACUUGUUUCUGCAAAAUGUGUUCAUGAGAAGAAAAUGUAACCUGUUCAAAGCCACAUUUAAGUCAUUGCUUAACUUUUUCGCUCUUAUAUGAAAGGUUAAAGGGAAAGCAGCUUGGACGAAGCGGCCGGAGGCUAAAAUUUCAUAAAACGAUGUCAAGACAAUUCCCAUUUUAUCAAAUGGAGCCUGACAUCCUAAUUUUGAAUAUUUCAGUAUAAGUAUGAGACUAAUGUAGCUUCAGUGAAGCAUUAUGAGGAGCAGUAAGUCUGCGUAUGUGACCUAUAGUCACAAUAAAAAUAAAUACGAGAUAAUAAUAAACUUUGUUUUCUAGCUUUAAAGAGGGUUUGGGGUGACAUUGAAGCAGUUGUAAAUGUACAGGGGCUUUAUGGCUGUUUUAACAUGUAAAAAUCAAUCAAAUCGGCUGUGUAUUCAAAAAUAUUGUAAAAGAUUGUGAAUAUAUGGUUAAAUGAUUCUUUUCUCAUUAUUCACUGCAGUGCUUGAGCUUGUUAGAUUUGAAAAAAUAAAAAGAGCAGCAAGGCACGCAUCAGUGAACAGACUGAAUGCAGACGCAAAGGCCUUCCUACUACACUGAAACCUGAUGGGUGUGGUAAACAAGCUGUCUUGUAUGAAUGUGCUGCUGCCUCACUAUGUACUUUAUGUCCUGCGUGAAACAGGUCAAUAAAAUUGAAUGUGAACCGAU